UUUUCCUCUCCACAGACAGCUCUUUUUCAUCUUUCAAAGUUCAAACCAUAUCAUAAUAUUACAAAGUCUUACCUACUAAGAAAAACCAAACGCAAUCUCUCUCUCUCGUCAUCACAUAAAGGAGCAAACGAACAUUUGCUUCUUUGUUCUCUUCUUCUCAUUCUCAGAUAUCUCUCUUUCUGUCAAUUGUUUUUCAUUUUAGAGUUUAUCUAAUUAAUAAACAAAAAUCAGUAGAGAGAGAGCGAGAGGGAGGAUGGGAAAGAAACUUGAUGCUUUUCUAGGAAGAAGAAACUUCAAGAAUUCAAAAUUCAAAGCACUUACAAAUCUUGCUAAUUCUCGCCUUUCAGUUUUCAAGAACCAACGCCAAGUCAGGUGUAAUCAAGCUCGCUCUGAUGUUCUUCAGCUUCUUCAGCAAGGCAACCAUGAACGUGCUCUUCUUCGUGUCUGCUUCAUUUUUUUCCAAUUUUUGAUAUGUUAUGAACAGUUUAAUCUUUUGUUUUUCCUCUUCAAAUAAAAAGAAAUUUGGAUUUCUUUUGGCUGCAGAGUUUGUCCUGAUGAACUGAAAGAGGCAGUAUCAAGUUUGCUGUAUGCAUCUACAAGAUGCGGAGACUUCCCUGAGCUUCAAGAAAUCCGCGCAGUGCUUGCUUCUUGGUACGGGAAGGAAUUUGCUGCUCGUGCUAUUGACUUGCGCAAUAAUUGUGGAGUCAAUACCAAGAUGAUCCAGAAGCUAUCAACUAGACACUCAGAAUUGGAUAACAGAAUGAAGGUGCUCAAGGAAAUUGCGUUGGAGAACAACAUUGUUCUGCAACUCGAGGAAGCAUCUAUUAUAACUGAGGAAAAAGUGGAUGUAAGCAAGAAGAACCAUCCUGAGCCAGAGAAAUCGAACAUUUCAGGUGGCUCUAAGGUGGUUGACAAUUUGCAAAUUUUGCCCGAAGAGAUAGAAAAAGAUGGUUUCACUGAUUCUGCAAAGGCAAGGAAAAAGUAUAAGGAUGUAGCUGAUGCAGCUCAAGCAGCAUUUGAGUCUGCUGCCUACGCAGCAGCAGCUGCUAGAGCAGCUGUCGAACUAUCUCGAUCUGAACCCCAUGAUCCUGACAACCAAAACGGUCCUGAUAAUCAAGGAAGAAAAGUAUCAAAUAAAGACGAGCGCAUAAAUCUUGACUCUAAACCCAGAGAUCAGGAAAUCCAAAAUGAAAAUGAGAGUACAGAUUCAGAGGGCAACAGUGCAGCGGAACAGAAAACGCCAGUGUCUUCUGCUCCUUCAGAUUCAGAUCCAGUAGAAGAUGAUAUGAGGGUUUAUUCAAUGAACCUGGACCCAGAGUACCUAGCGAAGAAACUGGAGAAGGAUAUAGUUUUUGACGAGAGUGACGAUGAAAGUUAUGGUUCGGAUUCUAAAAUAAGGUGUAGCAGAAUUGAAGGAGAGAUUCAGGCAGUUGAGAAGAAAAUCCCUCCAAUAAUUCAAGCCGGUCUAAAUAGGGAGAAGGGUCCAUUUUCUGUGAGGACCAGAGGAGUGCCUGGUUACUAAAAAAUUGAGUAUAAUAAAUUCUGUUUGUGAGUUUUGCUGAUAGAAUAUCCUUUAUUAUUAUUAUUUUUUUUUUUUUGUGGGGGUUAUUUUUUUCCAAUGUAAACUUGAAUUGUUUUCUACUUUCAAUGUUAAAAUUUUGUGCAGUUAAAAAGAACAAUGCAGAUAUCAAACAGUUUUUUAAGUUUA